UUACUGGUUUUCUUUAUUAAGGCUCGAGUAUCAGUCAAGCGCUUGGAAGAGUUCCUGGGUUUAAAGGAGCUGGAUCCAAACUGUGUCCAGAGGAUACCUUGUAAGAGACGACAUCGUAGCGUACACUUCGACUUUGAGAUUACUUUACUGAUUUGAUCCGUCUUUGGUCUGUGACUUUAUUUUUAACUUUUUGUAGACUGGCAGCAGUCUCUCUUGAACAAAUUUUUUUUUAUUGCUUAUUCAAACUAAUGACGUUCGUCAUUAAGAUUUCAUAAAAUUAAUGAGGUUUUAUACUCUCACACUUCAUAGGCAACGUGCUUAAUGCGAGCACGGUUUGUGUCAGAGAUGGCGUAUUUGGCUGGAAUAAGAACGACACUCCAAUACUGCGCAGGUUAGAACAGAAUAGUAUAAAGGUACCCUUUUCUUUUCUUUUUUUUUUGUUCCCCUUUUUUCGACUGUUCUUUUAGUUUGUUAACUGUUUAUUUCGUGUCGAUGUUGAGGCUGUUUUUCUUUUUACAUGCAACACGUUUGUUUGUUUUGCAUUUCAGCGUUUCCUUUUUUUGCUGAAAAUUUGAUUUUUUUUUAAUCGCAGCAUAAAUUUAAAUAUUCCAAGUGGUUCACUGGUAGCAGUGGUUGGUCAAGUUGGUUGUGGUAAAUCUACCCUGCUAUCUUCACUUCUCGGAGAAACCGAGAAACUGCGUGGUAGCGUACAUGUGGGGGUGAGUGAGUGCUAGGAAUCCGCUUGUUUAUUCAAGUCUGUAAUAAGCAGAUUUCUUUUGUGAACGAGGAAAGAAUCAAAAUCAGUUAACUAUUUUAGUAUCCCCUAUAACACACUCUGUUGGCCUCCUCCUUCAAAUUUCGCUUGAGUUAUUGCGUUGAAUUGCUCUUGAGAACGUACUGUCAUCCCAGGGGCGUUUGAAAAUGUUGGGAGGGGGUUGGGGUUGGUGGGGGCUAGCAAAGCGUACUAUGAGGGAUUCGAAAAUCGAGAAUGAAGUGGUGCGGAACAUACUUCCGUGUGCGUAAGAACAAGUUUACUAGUGAAGUUUUCUGUUUUCUUGUAAUUUUCCAGGGUACAGUGGCUUAUGUGUCGCAGCAGGCCUGGAUCCAGAACGCUACCGUACGAGACAAUAUCCUGUUUAACAGUGCGUACGACUGUGCACGCUAUGAGCACGUGAUUGACUCAUGUUCACUCAAGCCAGAUCUAGAAAUUCUACCCGCGGGUGAUUUAACAGAGAUUGGUGAAAGGGUAAGAAGGGAACUUAUUAAAUAGUUUAGCUGCUUUGGCGAACAAGCAAGAUGAAGGCGCAAAACUUCUGUUCUGAUUAGCUACCCGAGCGGGCAAGAUGAGCCUUUUUCGCCCGCCCUUCCUGCGUUGUUCCCGUAAGGAAAAAGUUCUCUUGAUCAUAUAAUUAUUAACCAUGCUUGUUCGUCCAAGAUGAGUAGGUAUUAGCCCUCUUCUCUCUUUGAUCCAUAAGAACGAAUGAAUAUUCAGCUACCUUGACUCGUUCUUCGCUGUCAGCAGGCGUCUUAACAAUUCCCGCUGGAUACACUAUCGAGAUGACGUAAUACUCGCUUACUUAAAUGCAUACGCAGCAACAGGUUAUUUAUUUUAGUUUUGAGUCUCAUUACAUGACACUGGUUUUUGUUACAUCAACAGGGCAUCAACCUGAGUGGAGGUCAAAAACAGCGUGUCAGCCUGGCAAGAGCGGUUUAUUUUGACGCUGAUAUUUAUUUGCUAGAUGAUCCGCUCAGUGCUGUUGAUGCUCACGUUGGGCGAAAGCUGUUUCGUCACGUGAUCGGAGCCAGUGGAAUUCUCAAGGAGAANUUAUUUUAGUUUUGAGUCUCAUUACAUGACACUGGUUUUUGUUACAUCAACAGGGCAUCAACCUGAGUGGAGGUCAAAAACAGCGUGUCAGCCUGGCAAGAGCGGUUUAUUUUGACGCUGAUAUUUAUUUGCUAGAUGAUCCGCUCAGUGCUGUUGAUGCUCACGUUGGGCGAAAGCUGUUUCGUCACGUGAUCGGAGCCAGUGGAAUUCUCAAGGAGAAGGUCAGUUUGAAAUGAUGGCUGGAAACGUCUUAGGGUUGAUGAAGUCAGUUCCCAUGCCAUUUGUAAUUUGGGAAAUGUUAAAGAAACCGUGCGUUAAAGGCUCUUUUCAACAAUUUAACUCUCCAUUCGUCUUGUUUAUUUGUAGACACGCAUCCUAGUUACGCAUGGUAUCAGCUUUUUGCCUCAAGUCGAUCAUAUCAUCGUUCUUCAUGACGGAAUUGUUUCCGAGGUAACGGAAUCAGUAAAAGACGUAUUUUCCAUCGUCGCUUUUCUCUCUGUUUUUGAGUUAAAUUAACUGUUUACGCAUUCCUUUUCAGGAAGGCACCUACGCUGAGCUAUUGAAAAACUCGGGCGCCUUUGCGGAUUUUCUGCAAACAUACAGUUCCGAAGAAAACAGUGGUUUGUGCUGCUUAUCUGUGCAUAUGUUUUGUAUAACCUUUCUCUAUAAAACGCUUCAGUGGUGGACUCAUACUCUUUGUGACGUCACCCAGUUUUCGUCUUCCGAUAUGUCAAGCAAAUAAUGCUAAUAAUGGAUAAUCCAGAAUCAAAUUUAUGUUUGAGUUCUAUCAAAUGUUUUGCUAGGUAUACUGAACUAUUUUUCUUGGGGUCCAGGAAGUUAAAUCGGUUAUAGAUACAUAUACCUAAGAUAAGUUAAGUCUCCAGUCUAGUGAUUUCAUUCUUUUUCUUAACAGAAACAAAUGCUACCGAAGACAUUGACGAUGAACAGAAAUCUUUCGAGAAAGACACCGGUCCACCUCCCGGAAUAGAAAAGAGAGACAAUACCAACGACGAUGUUGGCAAAACAAUUACAGUGGAAAGAAUGGAGAGAGGACGUGUAAGUUGCCCUUUGCAUCCGCUUUGUAAUAGAUAUGUGGGCAUAUUAUUAUGUAAAGUUCAGUAUUGUAACUUUUUUAAUUCUUAGAUAUUAUAAUUUUCUGUCUCUCUAAUAUCUCUAAAGUAGUUGUAGGGAGAGUUCGGAGCCGAGAAUUUAAUACAAGGCGAACGUCUUAUACAACAGGAGCUUUACUGAUAGAAGUCGUACAAGCUGUGGGUAGGUAGGACUGGGGGUGUAUAAGCGGGCUGAUAGUGGAUUCAAUAAGCGUCUUUUAUUACAUCUCAGCCUGUUUUAAAUUCAGUCUUAAAAAGUGCAUGUGCUGCGCUCGCUGCGCGCUCAUAACAAAAUCUAAUCUGGACUCUUUGUCUUGUCUUCUGAUCAACAGAUAAAGCUUUCCUUAUUGCUGUCCUACAUCAAGUCUACAGGAAUACACUGGUUUUUAUUUUCUCUGUUGUUCUUUACUGUCAUGGAAGCGUGUACAGUUGGCACUGGGAUAUGGCUGGCAUAUUGGAGUUCAGCAAAAAACACAACGCGUGCGCAGAGAGACUUUUACCUCACAGUAUACGGUGGCAUAGGCGGAGGACAAGCGUUAUUUAGUCUAUUAUAUUCGCUGAUGUUGUUACUUGGCGCGAUCAGAGCUUCUCGAACACUUCAUCGGAAGCUUAUUGUGAAUAUCUUGCGAUUGCCUAUGACAUUCUUUGACGUUACACCGCUUGGAAGAAUAAUGAAUCGGAUUUCAAAAGACAUAUAUGGGAUUGAUGUCACAAUCCCUAACUCACUUCGUUCUUUUUUUGCGAUGUUCUUUGAUGUUUUGGGGAUGUUAGUAGCUGUUAGCUAUGCCACACCCAUUUUCCUGGCUGUUUUACCGCCGCUUGGUGCGUUAUACUUCUAUAUUCAGGUAGGUCUAGUAAGUGUAUGCGUUACAAAUCUUACACCACUUAUAUUGCGUGACAAAUGGAGUAAAGUAAGUGCCGCGGAAUUUAUGUUAGGGGCUGUUUGCAUGGAGGUGGGGGACCCCAGGUAGGUGAGGUAAGCCCCUAUGGGUCACCCCCCUAUCAUGUAGACGUGGUUUAAUUAAAACGAGAGAUUAUAUGGACAGGCGGGUCACCCCACCCAAGCGGGUUACGUCACCCACCUGGGGUCCCUGGGUUCCCUCACUUCCAUGUAAACAGGCCCUUAGAGACGAACAGAGUUUCGUCCAUGGUAGAUAAAUCGGCUAAAGGGUAUUAUCCUUGUUUGGCUGCAGAUUUGUUUUUUUAGGCCCAAUUUGUCUUUUUGUUUAAACUUGCACAAUGCAAGUGCGUGCCGGAUAAUUGUUUUUAUCUAAAACUAUUCUAUUUUAUCUGACCGGUCAAGUCCAAACAGAUAUCGGUUAUAAGAAUUUUUUAAUACUAGCUUUGCAUGUUUUUUCCUCAGAGAGUGUAUGUAGCGACCUCUCGACAACUGCGAAGGAUUGAAUCAGUCAACAGAUCUCCAAUCUACAGUCAUUUUCUAGAAACAAUUAACGGAGCCACCACCAUCCGGGCAUUUUCACAGCAGCAGCAAUUCAUCCGGGAUAAUUAUAGAAAAGUGGAUGAAAACCAGGUGGCUUACUACUUGGGUGUGUCGGCUAACAGGUAAUAAUCAUCCAUCAUGAUGUUUACUGUCUGAUUUGUUUCAAGACUGGUUUGACUCGCAGGUGGUAAUUAGCCCAACAUCGCUUUUUAACUCCUUUUGAGGCAAUGUUGCACAACAAGUUACACGUUUUUGUUGCCCGUUUCUUGGAAGUGUGAUAAAAUGAGUCCGUUAUUUCUGCAUCUUUGCUCUUAUUAAUAACAGUUCUCGUUAUGUUAUUAAAAUUGUGAUUAGAGAGUAAGGAAGGGCUGACAGUUGUAGACCUCUUAGACUAGGUUGAUCCUAGCGUGGUUUUUUUUUUUCGGUUUCAUAAUGAUUCCGGCUGAAACACUAUGGUAACGGGUUUCUUUUGCCGUUUACUCCAAAUGGGUGUGUCCGAAAUAAAAACGUCCGGGUUUGGUCGGAGCCUAAUGUGAACAGUUUGUAUCCAAAUGGAUUAAAUAAUGUGUAUGAAUGGAUGCGAAUCAGUAUACAGUAAGUGUAAUGUAUCCGGAAAAAUCUGGUUUUACAGUGCGAACACUAAAACCGGGCCAUGCCAAUUAAAUUCAUAAAUUUGAGCGUUGUUUCCUAAGAGGUCAGGUACGUUCAAACGGUUAUUUCAGAGGUUGCGCAGUUGAACCUUGAAUUUUAUUGGCCUGUUAGCAACAAAACUUGAUAAUCUUUUGUUUUCAGAAAGCAUUGUGAUUGGACAAUCUUCUCCCAAGUGUCCCGGUUUGAGCGUUCGCACUUUAAGGUUCCUGUGCCGCUUGCUCGUUUUUCUUUGGCCCCAAAUUUUCUUUUAUAAAAUUAAUAAAUGAAGUGUUAUUUUUAUUACCCAUAGGUGGCUCUCUCUGCGUUUGGAGUUUAUUGGGAAUUGCUUGAUCUUUUUUGCUGCUUUAUUUGCUGUAAUCAGCAGGGAUAGCAUCGCAGGUGGCCUAGUGGGACUCUCUAUAUCAUAUGCGCUGCNGGUUUCAUAAUGAUUCCGGCUGAAACACUAUGGUAACGGGUUUCUUUUGCCGUUUACUCCAAAUGGGUGUGUCCGAAAUAAAAACGUCCGGGUUUGGUCGGAGCCUAAUGUGAACAGUUUGUAUCCAAAUGGAUUAAAUAAUGUGUAUGAAUGGAUGCGAAUCAGUAUACAGUAAGUGUAAUGUAUCCGGAAAAAUCUGGUUUUACAGUGCGAACACUAAAACCGGGCCAUGCCAAUUAAAUUCAUAAAUUUGAGCGUUGUUUCCUAAGAGGUCAGGUACGUUCAAACGGUUAUUUCAGAGGUUGCGCAGUUGAACCUUGAAUUUUAUUGGCCUGUUAGCAACAAAACUUGAUAAUCUUUUGUUUUCAGAAAGCAUUGUGAUUGGACAAUCUUCUCCCAAGUGUCCCGGUUUGAGCGUUCGCACUUUAAGGUUCCUGUGCCGCUUGCUCGUUUUUCUUUGGCCCCAAAUUUUCUUUUAUAAAAUUAAUAAAUGAAGUGUUAUUUUUAUUACCCAUAGGUGGCUCUCUCUGCGUUUGGAGUUUAUUGGGAAUUGCUUGAUCUUUUUUGCUGCUUUAUUUGCUGUAAUCAGCAGGGAUAGCAUCGCAGGUGGCCUAGUGGGACUCUCUAUAUCAUAUGCGCUGCAGGUAUUCUCUCAGCCCAAGUAACGUUUCCAAUAACUAACUUCUUGGUUAUAAUAAACGAUGCGAUCGUGUCCGUUAAAAACCAUGGCCAUUGCAUUUUCUAAGCCAUUUCCAUUUCAAAUGUCUUUUUCUUUUUUGUUCCUCAGUCUACUUCUGCCAAUACGUUACAUAGAAUCAGACAUUCUGUGUUUUCCCUAGAGUCUACCGUUCAAUGGCUUUUUUUUUUAAAAUAAAAGUUCAUUUCAAAUUGAACCAUAUUUUUUCGUGUUUUCCAUCCAUGUCCUUGCUUCCUGAUUUUGCCAUAUACUUUCCUUUUUUGUAAGUGAUAGCCGUUUUGUACACUUUCUAAGUAGGGUUUAUGGUUUCACAAGCAGGAAACUCACAACAAAGGCCUUAGGUUUAUGUAUUUCAAGACGUUUUCUAUUCGCAGAUCACUAACAAAUUGAACUGGAUGAUUCGCAUGACAAGUGAACUAGAAACCAAUUUGGUGUCAGUGGAAAGAGUCAGAGAAUAUUCUGAGACACAAACAGAGGUAAUACAUCAACGAGGAUAUCAGUCUUAUUUUACAUUACAUAAGCCACUUUCCACCAACGUUGCCUUGGUUCCCAUUCGAGUCACUCCAUUUUCACCAUAUUUUGGACUUUUUCAGGCCGAAAGGAUAGUUCCCGAGAGUCGGCCUUCCCGUGACUGGCCUGAACAGGGCGUCGUAAAGUUUGAUAAUUUUCAGUUGAGGUACAGAGAUGGUCUUCCUUUGGUGUUAAAAGGGAUAAGUGUCAUCAUCAAGCCAGCUGAAAAGGUAUAUCAUCCAAUGCUAUAAAUACCCACUAUAUUUUCCUUUUGUUUUCGCACGACAACAUGCUGGAGCUAUUUGUUUGAUUUCAACACCAAACUCAAAAAUAAUUUUACAAAUAACCUUUAAAAAUAGCUACACUUUUUGGCUUUCUCCGUUUAGGAUUUUUAACUUUUCGUUUUUUUUGUCAUGAAUGACUGUCUUUGUUUUAGUCGCUUUCUCGGUUGCACUUAUGUUCUCCUACAAACACUGCCAAAGGAAAUUCAAGAGGUCUUACUAGCUGUCUAUUUCGACUUACAGAUUGGCAUUGUGGGUCGCACAGGAGCAGGCAAGUCUUCACUUACUUUGGCUUUGUUCCGUAUUCUGGAGAGAGCUGGAGGAAAGAUUGUCAUAGACGGGAUAGAUAUCUCUACGAUUGGACUUCAGGAUCUGCGAUCACGACUCACGAUCAUUCCACAGGUAAUGACAUAGAACAAUCAUACAAUAUUCUUAACCCUUCAUUAACUGUGAGUGUCAACUGCGCAUGAUCUACUUGACUGAAAACGAACGCACACGAACGCACGGCUGACUUCUUGAAGAACCUUUCUUCUUCGUCCAAUCACGUUCCACUCUCUCAAUUGUGUGUUAUUCACAGGAACCUGUUCUUUUUUCUGGGACACUUCGUGUGAACUUGGAUCCGUUUAAUAAACACUCAGAUGAAGAGCUGUGGAAUGUACUUGAAGUUAGUCACCUGAGAAAAUUUGUUUGCGGAUUAAAUGGAGGUUUACAACACACAAUAGCCGAAGGAGGAGAAAACCUGAGGUAUUAAAGCUACCUUUAUCUGUUUAAUUUUUUCGAAGCUUUUCAAAGAUCCCCAUCACGGCUACCAAAGCCACACAAAUCACUCAAAAAUUCUCACUAUCAAAGAUGCUUCAUUAAGUAGUCUCUCCUAAACAGUCUUAGUAGUUUUCAUCAGAUGUUUCUUUGAUAUUUCUAAGUAUAAUAAUCCACGCAAUGGACAAAAUCGUUUUGUUACCGCUCUUGAACUUAAUCAGCAAUGAAAAGUUUAUCAUUUAUAACCCCUCAGCAAAAAUGCUAUCGGGGAGUUUCUGUUGUCAUGUGAUGAGCCACUUUGGUUGAUUUAUUCCAGCGUUGGUCAGCGGCAGUUGGUAUGUUUAGCACGUGCGUUGCUUCGUAGAAGUAAAAUCCUUGUUCUUGAUGAAGCCACAGCCGCGGUGGACCUGGAAACUGAUGAACUCAUUCAACAAACGAUUCGGCGGGAGUUUGCUGACCGCACGGUGCUCACUAUUGCUCACAGGCUCAACACCAUCAUGGAUUACGAUCGGUAAGUCACUGCUUCCAGUCUGGGCCCUGCUGUGGUCCAGAUAAAAAGACUGGGGAUUUUUAAAGACAUCUUGCUUAAAAGUGACCAAAAAUUUCCCUUUUUGCUGGAAUCAGCUAUGCGCUCUCUGGUUCUCUUUCCAUGAAGGCGCUUACGAAUAUCCCGGCAUCAAGGCGAAAGUUCACGAGAGAAGUAGCUUUAUUUGUUGGCUGUGCGAUUUCGGGGCAAGAACCUUUUCUCAUUGCAAGAAUUAGAACUAGUGAAUAUAUUUUAUGUUGAUUGGAUAGACAGACAUUUGCAAAGCCAACAAUCUCUGUGGGGAUAACAAGAUUCAAUGGGAAAUGGACAUUUUUUUUCAAUGAUGUGCUUUUUCCACAGUUGAAUUCAUUGCUGAAAAGUAAAAAGAUCGCGAUAAGUAUUCUGACAGCAAGGAACUCGUAUUUACGGCUUGUUUUUAUAUCUUUUUCAGGGUAUUGGUGCUAGACAACGGUUUAAUUAUGGAAUUCGGCUCACCCUCUAAACUCCUAGAUCUGAAAGGUUAUUUUUACUCCAUGGCCUGCGACGCAAGAGUUAAUGUAACGUCAAUCAAUUCAGAUAGUUGA